AUGGCGACAACCAGUGCGACAAAAGCGGGGUCAGUUCGCAGCCCGGCACCAGGGCUCGAUAUCUUCAGAACUCCAGAGAAUGCAACUUUCUAUUCCGCAAACCUGUACCAGACUCUCGACAAAAGCAACCAGGAGAUUCGACUUAUCGAACUUUCUACACAAACUGGCAGUGACGGUAUACUUGAGUGCAAGUUACUGCCUGCUGUGUUGUUAGCCGACACUCGGAAACAGUAUCUGGCUUUAUCAUAUUGCGCAGGAGACCCAACAGACAAAAAGGAAAUCAAGGUGAAUGGGGUACCAUGUAACGUAUUUGAAAAUCUGCACCACGCGUUAGUUCUUGCUCGUCGUUAUUGGAUUCAAUCGCCUGAACAAGGGCCACUUCGACUCUGGAUCGACCAGCUAUGCAUCAAUCAGCAGGAUUUAAGUGAGAGGUCACACCAAGUUGGCUUCAUGAGAGAGAUUUACCAGUCUGCAGAACGUACAUUGGCUUGCUUAUCAUCAAGAGAGGCUAGUGGCGAGGGACUGAAAUGGCUCAAUGACCUAUGCGAUGCUAUGUCUUUUGAAGAAGACUAUCGGCCAUUCCAAUCCAGCAGCGAAUACGGAUUCGCUAAUGAAGGGAGCGAUGGAUCAGAAGAGAUACCCUUUGAAAAGGAUGGACUGUUUGAGACCGAAAGUGACCGUCUUUCAAGUUACAGACUCGAGUGGACCUUCGUUCGUGACUAUCUCUGGGACAACAUACACAAUGUGAGGUUUGUAAAUGGGUGGAUUGAAUUUUACGACGUACUGAGGAGCCAAUGGUGGAACCGAGCUUGGAUCUGCCAGGAGUUCUUGGUCUCCAGUUACGUCACCUUCAUGUUCGGUAACUAUUUCGUCUCAUGGGGGCAGUGCUGGAGAGUUAUACUCGGAUUUUGCGGGAUACACAAGCACGACCUGAUGAAGCGGGAACGAUUCCUAGAGUUUACAAAACACACACGAGGCUGUCUCGGAGAUAUCCAACUUUGCCACAUUCUCAACAACGUCAACAAAAAAGACCUUGGUCAAAUCGAGCAUGUGGGGACGGCCCUGGAAAUGAAGCUUCGGUGGCGAGGUGGCUUAGACAUUAAGGCACUUUUAUCACACUCUCGAUCUUGUAGAUCUUCUGAUGAUCGGGAUCGAGUAUACGCUAUGCUUGGCUUAGCCUCACAAGGAUACCAGAUCUUUCCCGACUAUUCACGAGACAUGACCGCAGCAAAGGUCAUGAUUAUAACUACCAAAGCAAUCAUCGACAAGGAGGAUAGCCUGAAUAUCCUUAUGAAAGCUGCUACGUUGGUUCAAUUUAGGGAUCCCAACUUCCCUUCGUGGGUCGUCGACUGGACUAGUACCGAAGCGUUGGAUGUUGAAGGUAACUCAUUCAAUCUAUUCCGGGGUUUGAGUUGGGUGUCCCACGAAUCUCCACAGCAUGCUUUUGAAACCAUCACAAGCGAGUUUGAACAGACACAAAUACACAUCCUAAGGAUUUACGGGACAUUCAUCACAAAGAUAGAGUCGAAGAGGACAGCGAAAUGGCCCCUUGCGAAUUUCUGGGGCUGCCGGUGUUGGGAAGGUAGCGCUCUUGUUUCCAUUGCCGAUGGAGAUGAAGUGUGGACCUUACACGGGUUGAGAGUGCCGAUGGUUCUGCGGCCAUUUCUUAAUGGCUAUAAGGUCAUUAGCUGUGCCUUUUUCGACGAGCAGUCUAGUUCGCCUUUUAAUACAGUGGUAUUCCCUGAACAGAUUAGGGCGCGUUUAAUAUUGUACUAG